CGGACCAGACCGGCGUAGCGUGCCUUCAUGGCCAACUUAUGCAAAAAGAUGCGGCGACGAUCCAGAAUGAAGGUUCUAAAGAUACUGCAGUCCUUUUCGCAAGGGACGUUCAUUGCGUUUUUGCUGCUAUUCUUCGGCGUGGAUUGUAUGGGUGAACCCGGGUACCUUGACUUUGAUAAUCUUCCGGAGACGAAUUUCACUUGCGCCGGCAAAGUGAUCGGUGGCUACUAUGCGGAUCUCGAGGCAUCCUGCCAGAUGUUCCACGUGUGCACGAUCGGACAAGGUGACGAACCAAUGGACAUCAAGUUCCUCUGUCUAAACGGGACCGUAUUUGAUCAGGAAACGCGCGUAUGCGAGCGUGUCGACGAGGUCGACUGUUCCAAGUCGGAAAAGUUCUACUACCUAAACUUGGAGCUUUAUGGCAACACGAUCAUUCCUUCACCAGAUGAUGGUAGCUCCGAAGAGGAAGGUAGCGAAGGAGGUUCAUCAACUACCAGUACGACGACUACCACUACUACCACUACCACCACGACAACUCCGAAACCUCCCGCAACUACGACCCCCUCGAGACGGUUCGUAUUUAACAAUGGUAACAAGGGCUUCACACAGCCCAUCUCAUCCUCAACGAUCGCAACACCAAUGCACGCGUUCUCGAGCACUUCUCGCAAGCCACCAUCCGAGGAGGAAGACUACGAGUACGAGGAUGAGGAGUACACGGACGAGAAGACGGGCGACCAGGAUUCGGUCGUCGUCCCGGCGCUGGAAGAGGGUGGCAGCUUUUCGCCGCAACAGUUUACACUCCAACAGCAGCAGCAGGGCAAUCAACCAAAAACGGAACCGCCGACGAAAGCCGGUGGCGGCGUCAAGCCAGCCGUAUCCUUCCAGCAGCAACAUUUCCAGAAUGGUGGUACGCUAGCUGUAACGAACUCGCACGUUACUGUGACCACCCAUACUACGGGCAAUGCGAGUGGUGGACCAACUGGAGGUGGUGCGACACCACCCGCCGGUGGCACUAAACCUAAGUCUCAACCAUCACAACCACCGUUGACGCACAAACAGAAGCAACAGCUAGAGCACCAGCGUCGUCAGCAGCAGGAACAACUGCUUCAACAGCAAGCCAUCACCAAGCAGCACGAGGAGCUACAAAAACGCCAACAGGAAGCGGCCGUCAAGCAACAACAAAAGGCGCUCCAGCAGCAGCAGAAACAGGUCCAGCAACAUGAAGCCGAAAUCAAAAACCAUCAAGCACUGCUACUACUCCACACGCAGAAGAUCAAUCGUCAGCAGCAGAAGCAACAGAAUGGACCUCAAUCAGUGGCCCCGCCGCCUACCCAGCGCUCGCCGUUCACAACCGGAACAGGAGCGAGCGGAUUCGGUUCCAGUCAGCAGCAGCAGCAACAACAGCAAACACAAGCACCAAAGAGAAUACCGCUGCUUGCCUCCUCGUCGCCCCUAGCAUUGCCUUCGCCUGCCUCUCCACUGACACCGUUCCGCUUGAGGGCUCAGGGUUUCAAGCUACCGCAAUCGGUCGCUCCUCAAAUGUCACCCCAACAGCGGCAGGAUAUAUUGCGCCAACAGCAGCAGCAGCAACAGCAACAACAGCAUCACCAUCAUCAUCACCAACAGGAGGAACGCUUCGAAGGCUACCGAAGACAACCACCGCCUCAGUAUCCGGUUCGUUUUCAGGUACCGUUGCAUCUUCCCUUCGAGCAGCAGCUUCGCAACCAGAAGGACAUUUCGCUCCAGUUCGAUCCAGACGUAGAGGACUUGACACAGAUUCCACAGCACAAGGAGUUGAAGCGAUCUGAUCCUCCGUUUCACCAUCAGGGUAAGACAGGACAGGCCAGUUCCAAGGAACAAGUAGUGGUCGGCGAUCGUAAGGUAAACAAUGGACAGCAGACACACACCGACGGUGGUGGUGUGGUUGGUGAUCAGGACCAGCAGCAGGACCCGGUGGUGGAGUACGAGUACGAUGAGGAUUACAGUUCCGAGGCGGACGAUUCGGAUCCGGGAAAUUCUAGCCUAGAUAGCGUUAAGUCUAACACCAAUAGUGAAUUUGUUAUCGCCAAGAAUGCAUCACCCGGCAAGACUGGUGAAGAUCGCUUCGCGAAAGAGCCCACCAGAAGCAGCGGGACGAGAAGCGAUGGCGAUAGAACUAAUACUAAUCCUAGCGCAAAUAGUUCUAGCAAUAAUAGAAUUAGUAGUAAUAAUGGUAGCAACAGCAGCAGUAAUAGUGGUAGUGUUAGCAGUAGUAACGAUCGUAGCUCUAAGAAACUCCCCAAUGGAGGAGGUGGCUCCGCCAUCACCACCACCACCAGCAACACUAGUAGGUUUAUCAUUAACAACGAGCAUCACAAGAGCCACAGCAGUAGUUCGCCACCGCGCGUCCAACCCUCCGCUCGUGUCGGUGUUUCGCCGGCACCGCUCGGCCAUCCGAAAGUGAUCGUCACCACCAGUACCUCCAUCCGAGAUAAUCAUGGUCGUACGAUCAACUACUCCAUCACGAGCAAUGGCGGUGGAUCCUACUCGAGUACUGCCACACCGCAGCCAGCGGUCAUCAGCACGACGGCACGUCCCAAAGCGACUACCGCCACAGUCAGAGGGUACGACGAGUACAAAGAGAGUGACGUACUGAGCGAUCCGUUUUAUCUGGACGUACCGCGUCAACGUGCCAGAACCAGACGAUCAUUGGGCGGCGGUGUACGAUUGCGUCGAAGAAAACGCUACAUACUGCUCGUUCCUCGAUUCAUGUAG